AUGUCACAUUUUGUCCCGAGGCAUAGUCGUGACGAGGAGGAUGGAAUGAUUCCCCUCCCGUCCGUUCAAUUCUACACGGAGUACAACUCUCGAUAUGAUACUCCUGUCCCCGCAGUUCGUCUGAGUUCAGAACCUUACCAGAGGCACGAUACAGCGUCAGAUAGUACUCGUGACGAUUCUGAAUUAGAUGAAGACCAUGGCACAAACAGUGCUGAACCACAUCCACGCUCUCAUGAUAGCCAGAAGAGUCGUCUGUUAUUUGUGGAUCAGGAUUCACUGGUGACAUGGUCCGGCCCAGAUGACCCAUCCAACCCUCUCAAUUGGAGUCGUCCGAGGAAAUGGAUCUCAACACUCUUAGUAUCUUGCUUUACCUUUAUCUCCCCUGUAUCCUCCACUAUGGUAGCACCUGCUUUAUCAACCAUGGCGGAUGAGUUUGGAAUUCAGUCUGAUAUCAAGCAAUAUCUCCUCAUGUCAAUCUUCUUACUAGCCUAUGCGCUGGGGCCGUUCAUCAUUGCACCACUCUCUGAGAUGUACGGACGUGUAGUCGUACUGCAGUCCGCGAACAUGUUUUAUUUAGUUUUCAACACCGUAUGUGGGUUUGCUACUUCUGGGAACCAGAUGCUCGCUUUUCGUUUCCUCAGUGGAUUCGGUGGUAGUGCUCCACAAGCGAUUGGAGGAGGUGUUCUCAGUGAUUGUUGGCGCAAAGAGGAACGAGGAGCAGCAACGGCAAUCUACAGCCUGAUGCCGUUUAUCGGGCCCGCUGUUGGUCCUAUUGCGGGUGGGUACUUAACAGAUUACCUGUCAUGGCGGUGGAUCUUCUGGGUUGUGUCCAUGGCCGAUGCCCUCGUACAGCUACUAGCGUUCCUGUUUCUGCGCGAAACCUAUGCCCCCAAGAUUCUUGCAACUAGAAAACGAAAGCUGCAGGAAUUGACAGGUAACCACCGGCUCCACACCGAGUAUGAUAAGCCCGACCGGACAUUUGGCCACGUCCUACGGAAGAACCUUAUUCGUCCGCUCCGAAUGCUUUGUACCCAGCCAGCCAUCCAAGCCCUGUCCCUAUACAGGGGCUACCAGUAUGGGCUGAUGUAUCUUGUCCUAGCAUCCUUCCCUCUGGUGUGGGAGGGCGUAUACAGCCAAGGAAAGGGCAUAGCCAGCUUGAACUAUAUCUCGCUUGGAAUAGGCUUUGUGAUCGGGCUUCAAUUCUGUGGUCGGGCUGUUGACAUAAUAUAUGUGCGCCUGCAGAAACGUUAUGACCAUCCAGGGCGGCCCGAAUUCCGCAUUCCGCUGAUGCUCCCAGGCGGGCUACUUGUCCCUAUUGGUUUAUUUCUCUAUGGAUGGAGUGCUCAGUACCGCACGCACUGGAUCGUACCCAACAUCGGUGCCGCAAUCUUUGCGAUCGGGCUGAUCAUCUCCUUCCAGUGUGCUCAGACCUAUGUUGUCGACGCCUAUACCCGCUAUGCCGCCAGUGCUACUGGUGCCGCGGCAUUUGUACGAACAUUAGCUGGGUUUGCCUUUCCGUUAUUUGCGGAGAGCCUUUAUCGUGCACUGGGCCUGGGAUGGGGAAAUAGCCUACUCGCAUUCGCUUGGGUCGAAAGUGAAAAUCAGAAGUUGUGA